UUUGCCUUGGUCACUAUUAGCUGAUAGUUUAGACUUGGCACAGAAACAGUUGACUGGUCCUAUACUCAUGGAAGUAGGUAAAUUGGUAACACUUGCCUAGCCUAACAUUUCUGAAAAUUAAGUUGACUGGUAAAAUUCCUGAAACCCUUGGUAGUUGCACAAGUUAUUGUACUUUUGUUUGGAUGGAAACUUAUUGCAUUGGACCAUUCCCUUAUCUUUGCAUUCUUUGGGAGGAAUAGAACAAAUUGGCUUUUCUCGCCACAACUUCUCCGGAAAAAUCCCAAGUGCUAUAGAUCAUUUGCACAAUCAUUGCCAUGUGCCAAUAAUUCAUUGUGAUUUAAUGCCAGGUAACAUUCUCUUAGACCAUAACAUGAAGGCCAAGCUUGGAGAUGUUGGAUUGGUGAGGUUCCUUCCAGAUCCUUCCAACCCAUUUUCUUCAGAUCAAACAGGUUCUCUUGGAAUAAGGGGUUCCAUUGGAUACAUUGCCCCUGAGUAUGGCAUGGAAGGCAAGGUGUCAACAUUGAGAGACAUGUAUAGUUUUGGAAUCUUGCUGUUGGAGAUGUUUACAGGAAAAAGACCCACUAGUAUCAUUUUUAAAGAGGGAAACUACACAUAUGGUGCAUUUGAAUUUUAUGUAUUUGGAAAAACAUAGCACUCUGUUAAUGCU